UUCUUUUUUCUUGUAAACUCGUUGUUAGAUUAUUUGAUUGGAUAUAUGGGACACGGAAAUGAUGGUUUUGUGGACAUUGUCGGAUAAAGUUAGGGUUUCAAGAUUAGGGUUUUGCAGUGAUUACUCCCUGAAUUAGGGUUUUCUUUAACAGCCUCUGGCGCUCUUUUGUGGCCUUAUUCUUUUGGCGAUGUAGCUAAUUUAGGGCAAAAGUGUUUCCCUAAAGUGAUUUUGUACCAUUUUUGCAGAGAUUAUUGGCGAUUUAUGGUUUUCGAAGGUAAAUGCUGGAUUAGGGGCUGGACUUUCUUGGGUAUUGGCUUUUUCACGCUUUGUGAGGAAAUGCGUCCGUAGAUUUCGAGGUUUUCUGUGGCUCGCGUGAAAAACUGGGGUUACAGGCGUAUAGUACCAUCCGAGAAAUGCGAUUUUGGAUUUUGGUUUGCCACUGAAGUGUUUGCAGGCAUUCAUCACUUCAUGAUAGGGGAUGGCUUACAGCGAUCAUAUGAGAAAUUAGGGUUCUUUGAGACUGGUGAGUCUGUUAGUUGAUCGGUGUUUUUCAGUGUUUACGUUGGAUGGUGGGAAUUUACUUGGAAAUUUGGGCUGAUACAUAAGUGUUUUUCCUUGUUGACGCUGUUUUUGUCUGUUGUGUAGUUCAGAGAAGAGGUUUUGGGGGUUCGGUGUUUGAUAGUCAGUGGCCAUCAGAAGAGAGAACAAGGGUUUCCCCAAUAUUCAUUUUGAGAUCUGGUUUUGAUGGGUUUUGUAGAAGCAAAAAUUAGUAUACUUUACUUACAGUGAUCUGUUCUAAAUGGUUUUUGUGGAUAUUCUGAGAAAUUGGGCAUUGUUUAAGAUGCCUCACCUGUUUCUAUACAAGAAAUCACGGUAUUGAUUUGUUCGGUUAUCGGUUGUUGGGCUUUUAGAUGAGGGAUGGGUUGUGUAUUUGGUAGAGAGGCAGUUGGGGGGGUUACCCAUGAAGAGAGAGAUAUAGAAAAAAGCUCUUCAAAUGUUUUGUCAUCGGCGAGAAAGUCACAAAUUUCAGUUCCAAAGAUUGAGAAAAUUGAGGUCCAAAAUGGGGAUCAGAAGAAAGAGGAGAAACGGGAGGUAGGUCAUGCAAAGGAGAGACGAAGGUCUCGGGCAAACCCUAGGCUGAGUAACCCUCCUAAGAAUAUACAGGGAGAGCAGGUUGCAGCUGGUUGGCCUGCUUGGCUUUCAGCUGUUGCAGGGGAGGCCAUUAAAGGAUGGACUCCAAGGCGGGCUGAUACUUUUGAGAAGCUGGAUAAAAUUGGACAGGGAACUUAUAGCAAUGUUUACAAAGCUCGAGAUUCUUUGACUGGAAAAAUUGUUGCUCUGAAGAAGGUUCGUUUUGACAAUUUAGAACCUGAAAGUGUGAAAUUUAUGGCAAGAGAAAUUCUCAUACUGCGACGACUAGAUCAUCCGAAUGUAGUGAAGCUGGAGGGCCUAGUGACAUCGAGAAUGUCGUGUAGUUUAUAUCUUGUUUUCGAAUACAUGGAACAUGAUCUAGCAGGACUUGCUGCUGCCCCAGGAAUCAAGUUCACAGAGCCCCAGGUCAAAUGCUAUGUCCAUCAGUUACUCUCAGGCCUCGAGCACUGUCACAACCAAGGCGUCCUUCAUCGAGAUAUUAAGGGUUCAAAUCUUCUACUAGACAAUGGGGGGAUAUUAAAGAUUGCUGAUUUUGGACUUGCUUCCUUCUUUGAUCCCAACCACAAGCAGCCCAUGACUAGUCGGGUUGUUACCCUCUGGUACCGGCCUCCAGAGCUUCUUCUAGGAGCAACCGAUUAUGGCGUUGGUGUUGACCUCUGGAGUGCAGGUUGCAUUUUGGCAGAGUUACUGUCUGGGAAGCCCAUCAUGCCUGGGCGUACAGAGGUCGAGCAGCUGCAUAAGAUAUUCAAGUUAUGUGGUUCCCCAUCAGAGGAAUAUUGGAAGAAGUCAAAACUGCCUCAUGCAACUAUAUUUAAGCCACAACAGCCGUAUAAGCGGUGCAUAGCUGAAACAUUUAAAGAUUUUCCACCAUCAUCACUGCCCCUGAUUGAAACACUUCUUGCCAUUGAUCCAGCUGAUCGUGGUACUGCCUCUGCUGCACUGAGAAGUGAAUUCUUCACAACAGAACCUUAUGCUUGCGAGCCUUCAAGUUUACCGCAGUAUCCUCCAAGCAAGGAAAUGGAUGCAAAAUUGAGGGACGAAGCAAGGAGGUUGAGAGCUGCUGGGGUUAAAGCUAAUGGCGGUGAUGCUGUGAAGAAGACUCGUACCGGUGAUCGACCAGUUAGGGCCAUGCCAGCUCCUGAAGCCAAUGCCGAGCUUCAAUCUAACCUUGAUCGGCGGCGCCUGAUUACUCAUGCAAAUGCAAAGAGCAAGAGUGAAAAGUUCCCACCCCCUCAUCAAGAUGGGGCUCUUGGGUACCCCUUGGGUUCUUCUCACUAUGGAGAACCUGCCUUUGACGUUUCAGAAACUGCAUUUUCCUCUGUGAACUUUGGUUAUUCAAAGACCUCAGCGUCUACUUGGUCUGGUCCCUUGGUGAACCCAGCUCCUCCAAGGAAAAAGAAGUCAAAUUCAAGUGCUCGGCCAAAAGAGAAGGAAAGCAUACCCGAGAACUCGGCCUCAAAUAAAUGAUUGCGCAUUUUCCAUUUGUUGCAAGCUGAUCAGAAUGGCAAAUGUGGAAUGGAUACAUGUGAGGUGAGGAUAUUAUUUCUUUCCUUAAAAUUUUUAUUGUUUAGGCCCUUUAUGGGUUCUAUUUUUUUAGAUGAGAGGCCUUAUCAUUGGCCUGGGAAAUAGCUUGUCUCAUAAAAUUAUAUUUGUAUUUGUUCGAACGGAUUUCUCAUUAGGUUGGAUGCUCUGAAGCAUUGUGAUUUAUUUGUAGAGGGAUCUGGGAGUUGAAAUAUAAGCCUGUUUGUAUUCUUUUGGAACUUCUUAAAAAAAAUUUGGGCAUUAAA